AUGGGGAAUAAGUCAGGUUCUGAAUUUGGAGGAAUAAUGAUUAGAACAGAGAAAUCGUUAUAUUUUGCAGGAGAUGUUGUUAAAGGUAAGUCAAACAAUAAUUUAAGGAAACAUAUAUCUUCACAUAGUGAAACCAGGCUAUCAUGGAAAUGUUGUUUAAUUUUCAAUAGUAGGAAAAGAAAAAACUAGAUGGACAAUUGGUUCUGGUAAACACAGAAGAACUCAUCACGGGAAAAAUGUCUUUCAUAGAGAUACUGUUGUAAUUAAUACCUUUUUAGACGAAAACCUAAUGGUUGGACAAUUUGUAUUUCCCUUUGAAUUGCAUCUUCCUCCAAAUUUACCUGGAUCUUUCCUUUAUUAAAGUUCUAUACUAGCCAGCCUAAAUUAUAAAGUUAAGGUCAGAGUUGUAUCCACCUCUAAAUCGAUUAACGAUAUCAAAAAUAAAUAAGAAAUUAUCAUCAAAGAACCUAUAAAAGAAAUUUUAUAAAUAUCUUCAAAAUAAGAAACCGCUAAUCUUACUACAUGGUGUUGCAAAAAUUAAGGAGUAUGAUAAUGUGUAAUUUAGGUUUCAUCAAUAUCAGCAAAGGUUGAGAAGAAUUUAUAUUUUCCAGGAGAAUUCAUUUAAAUAACCUACAAUAUUGACAAUUCAAAUUGCAAGCUUAAUAUUGAAAAUAUUGAUGUCAUGAUUGUAAAUAGACUGAAUAUCAGAUCGAAUUCAGGUUCUUAAUAUAAUCGUGAAUUUUAAUUAAAUGCCUUAUCUCAUAAAGGUGUUGAAAAAGGAAUGAAAACAUUAUAAUCAUCAUCAUAAGGAUGUUCUUUAUAAAUUGUUUAUUCUUAAUAACCCAAUUUGACUGUAACACCGUCUACAACAGGAAAUUUUGUAAACUCUUCAUACUAUGUGAAAAUUAUUCCUAAUUUUGAAGGUAAAAUGAAAAAAUUAUAAAGGUUGCACAUGUUGUAGUUCUGUCCCUGUUGUAAUGGUACCAAUAACUAUAUUAGCAGUUCUUCCUUAAGAAUAUUUAGAACCAGUCGUUUAACCUGAAAACUGGUAACCACAAGCAUUUUAACCUUUGAUUAUAAAACCAAAUAGCUCUGAUCCUUUCAACAACAAUAAUAAAAACUUGAAAGAGAUGGCUAAUCCUAUGAAUAGCUGAGUUUUUGGUUAUAAUAAAUAUUAG